AUGGCAAUUUCUCCCAUCUGGAUGGUGCUCUUUGCUCUGCAAAGCCUCUCAAUCAAUGCCCACUCUUGGGUCGAACAACUCACAGUUAUUGCACCAAAUGGAACCUUCAUAGGUAUCCCAGGAUACUCUCGAGGCAAUGUUCUCCGUACGGCGGGCUUCGUUGAUACAAUGACCUACCUGAUUCCUCCCAGUGGACAGGAUGUCACACAGCUCUUGCCAAGUAACAAAAUGUGCAGGGAGACCCAACAAAACCAGACUCAAACCAGCGGAAGUCCCCGACUCCAGGCGAGCCCUGGGGCUGCCAUUGCUCUCCGCUACCAAGAAAACGGCCAUGUUACCCUCCCCGAGAAUCAGCCAGGAAAGCCCGCAAAUCGCGGCUAUGUCUAUGUUUACGGCACUACCCAGCCCAAGGUCGGCGAGAAACUCCUAGACAUUCACGGGAAUUGGACUCAAGAUGGCACGGGUGGUGACAAGCGUGGUGUGCUUCUGUCCAAGCAGAACUUUGACGAUGGCCGCUGUUACCAAAUCAACGGCGAGAGCAUCUCCCAGACUCGCCAGAAAGAAUUCGCCCACCAAGCCAACCAACUCAUGGGGGCUGACCUUUGGUGUCAGCAGGAUCUCCGUCUGCCAACCAAUGCACCCACCGGUAAGCCUUACACUCUCUACUGGGUGUGGGACUGGCCCACCAAGGCUGGUGUUGACCCUACCUACCCGAAGGGAAAGCAGGAGAUCUACACCACCUGCAUGGAUGUGGACAUUGUACAAGCUACCAACAAAAAGCUGGGCGUCAGCUCUGACUAUGAGACUGAUCAAGAUCUCAACAAUGCCGCCAUUCCUUCUCAGUUUGAUUCGCUUGGCAGACCGGUGCCGUCGCAGCAAUCCUCGCAACAGUUCACGCAGAAGCCUUCUUCUGUUGUAGGCAGUGUGUCCACACCAAUCUUGUCGACUGCUACCGAGUGGAUGACUGUUACUAUUACAGAUAUUACUACUGCUACUGGACUUCCUCCUGGAUAUUGA